CAAACGCGUCUCUGUGUCCUCAGCAAGCUGCUGCAGAGACACCCCAAGCUGCAGAUACACCCCACAGGGGGGACCCCCAGGCCUCCCCUUUAAAGCUGGGGGGCCCCCCAAAAAGAGGGUACAGUGCUGCAGCAGCUCAGGGGGCCCCCCCCUCUAAGAAGCAGCAAGAGGGGCCCCCCUACCCGCUCAGCCAAGGGGGCCCCCCUCAGGGGGCCCCCACCCCUAGGGGGCCCCCAACUCAGGGGGCCCCCAGUCAGGGGGCCCCCCGUUUGAGGGUUUCUGCUGCUGCUCGUUUUGCUGCGCUGCUGGAGGAACUGGAGUUGGCUUCGCAGCCAGUGGCCAGCAGCUGUCGAAGCGGCCGGCUUCCUGCUGCUGCUGCUGCUGCUGCUGCUGCUGGGUCUGAGGCUGCUGCUGGUAAAAUACAGCAGCAGCAGCAACAACAACAGCUGCAGCAGCAACAGCAGCAGCGGAAGAAGACAUGCGAAGGGAAUGCGGCAGAGGAAGAACGUUUGUUACUACAGCAGCAGCAGCAACAGCAGCGUCUGCAGCAGCAGCAGGAGCAGCAACAGCAGCAGCGAAAGGAGCAACAGCAGAAGUCCUGCCCCACAGAGCCCCCCUCAGCUUGCUCAGCAGCAGCAGCACCAGCAGCAGCAAGAGAGGGCUGGCGGUCUAAGCAGCAGCAGCAGCACCAGCAGCCGUGGCUGCAGCAGGAAGGGCUCGCGAGUUUGGGCGCACCAGCAACAGCAGCAGCAGCAGCAGCAGCAGCAGCAGGACCAGCAAAGAUUGAGAAAUGCCUCCGACCUCAUUGGAAUUCUCAGCAGCAGCAAAAGGGAAACAGAAAAGUAUUCAAAAAAGACCAAAGCCAGCUGUUCAGACGGGGGCCCCCCAUGGGGGCCCCUCAGGGGGCCCCCCUGGGGGCCCCUCAGGGGGCCCCUCAGGGGGCCCCCCUGGGGGCUUCUCAGGGGGCCCCCCUGGGGACCCCCAGGGCUUCACUAGGGUACGCGGAAGCUGCUGCGAGGGGGGCCCCCUAUGGGGCCUCCCAGGGGGCCCCCUAUGGGGGCCCCCCGGGGCCUCCCGUGUGUGCAUUUGAAUCUGCAACAGCAGCAGCAGCUAAUGGGGGGCCCCCUGGGGGCCCCCCAGGGCCUCCUGAGGGGCCCCCAGAGACAACAUUUGGGCAGCAGCGCUUUAAGGGGCCCCCAGGGAAAAGGACAGGGGGCCCUCCACAGCAGCAGACGGGGGCCCCCCUUGGGGGCCCCCUGGGGGGGCCCCUAGGGGCCCCCCUUGGGGGGCCCUUGGGAGACCCUGUAGAGAAGCCCCUAUCAUUUGGUGAGCUUGUGAGGCUUCCUCUGCAAUCUGCUGCUGCUGCAGUGGCAGAGGUGCAGCAGCAGCAACUGCAGGAGCAGCAGGAGCUACAAAUGCAGCAGCAACAUAUGCAGCAGCAGCAGCAGCAGCUAGACAAUGACCUGCUAUUCGAUACAGACGACGAAAAUACAGACAGCUGCCAGCAAGCCUCUCCAGAAGCAGCAGCAGCUGCAGCAGGAGCUGCUGCUGCUGCUGGUCUGUGUGCACCUGCUGCAGAAUUGCCGCAGCAGCAAAUUGGAGAACUGCAGCAGCAAAAGCUGACAGAAAUAAACCCCACUUGGGGAGGGGCCCUUUCAGCAGCCACGAGGAACAGAAUACUAAGAUGGGCCAAAAAAGCUUCCUGA